CUAAUGAUUUGCACUAUAUUCAUUUUAACAGUAGUUUUCAGUGUAUGAAAAAACACAUGCUAUGAUAUGAGCACCUAGCUCUGCUGAACAUUACAUGUUACACGCAUAGGCCACAGCGACACUUUCCCAUUUACUUUUAGCAGAGCGUUGGUAGUUACACAACUAUCACGAGAAUAGGAAAUUCACAACACCAUGUAUUUCAUCGUGUGAGGUUGACUGUAGAUGAUGAGCCUUGGGACGCGUGCUUGAACUUCGUUGGGAAUACAGGCCUAGUGUGCAGUAGCAAUGGCAGAGGGUACAUUUGUUGUAAACUCUGAGAAUGGUUCCAGUAGCCAACACACAGGCAUUGAGAAAGUUGGAGGGGAAUGUAUAGGAGAGAGAGCUCGUCUGGCAAUAGAUGGCUUGUCUGCUGCCCAGCGCGAUGUCCUGGAGCGCUGUCUACAUGCGCUGACCCACGCCAAGAACGACAGCCACACGCUCGCCGCGCUCCUCCUGAUCACGCGGUUGUGUCCAGCGGGCCAUCUCGACAGUGAGACUCUACGGCGCAUCUUUGAGGCGGUGGGGUUGAGUCUCCCAGCUCGCCUCCUGGUGACCGCGGUCCAGGGGAGUGAUGCCUCUGGCCUGCCCCCAGAGGAGCUCUUGUCUCUGGGCACUGCUCUCCUGGCUGCCCUCAGCACGGACCCUGAAAUGGCCGCCCACCCCCAGCUCCUAACCACCGUCCCUCUGCUACUAGGGCUGCUGGCCGAUGGCUCCAACUGGAGCCCAGAGAAACGAGCCAAACACCAGGGCAGACAGGGGAUGGAACCGGGCAAUACGAGCCAGACAGAAGGCGAGGCCAAGUCAUCCCAGACCACAAACCCUACCUCGGAGGAGGGUACAGCAGAGAAUGGAGCUUUGGAUUCAGCAGUCCAGUUAGAUGAGGCCGUGGCUGCCGACUGUUACCAGGUCCUGUUUACCGUGUGCGCUUUACCCCGGGGCCCGGAGCAGCUCCUGGCCAGGGGCGCUGUCCCUGCACUGUGUCGGGCCCUGGAGCAGAAACGGACCCUCAGCCGCGAGAAGGGGUUGCCCCUUUUAGGUAGCCUCCUCUCUGGUAAAACCAGAGAGCGAGCCUGGAGUAGGCACCCAGCCGAACUCCUUUCUCUCCUGGCCGGAGUCACCCAAGACUUCUGCCAAGCCAUUGACCACGCCCAGCUUGACAUGUGUGCCCUGGUGCCACAGUUUCUCCCCUCCCCUGACGGAACACCAAAGGACGCCGACCUAAAACCGACGGUUGUCCGUUUGUGGGCAGCCCUGAGGCCAAUGCUGCAGGCCAAGCUGACCCCCGGUCAGUUGGGCCCCGUGUUAGUCCUCUCCGCCUGCCUGUUGGACCUGGGCGGCUGGGAGCCCGUUGGCCCGCCUAAGUUCUGCUGCCUCCUGGUAAACCGGGCCUGCGUGGAGGUGAGGAUGGGCCUAGAGGAGCCACCCGGCGCAAAGCUGAGCCCUGAGCUGCGACAGACCCUCACCGCCUGUUACCGCAUCAUGGAGGCGGCCAUGGAGCAGGCCUGCAGCGGCCUGGGGGUGGAGCAGCGGAGCAAUGCCCAGCCGCAGACCGCCAUCACCGGGCUCAGUUUGCAGCAGAGCAGGCAGGUCCUCCGGGUUCUGGAGGAGGCUUUCUCAGCGGUCAUCUAUCACCUGCAGCAGGUUGAUCCCGGAUGCUACGGUGACCCCUUCAUUUUCGCCACGUUCCGUUCCCUGUGCGCCUGGCUCGCCGAAGAGACUUCCUGCCUCAAGGAGGAAGUGACUGCCCUCCUGCCUUUCUUGAUUGGCUACACCAGAAGCCACCUGCAGGGGGAGCGUACGGAGCACGAUCUUUCGGAUUGGAUGGCCGAGAUGUCUGUAGGCGGCGGCUCACAGGGAAGAGCUUGGACUGGCAAAGAUGCUUUAAGGUAUCUUCUGCCAGCCCUAUGCCACCUUUCUGCAGAAGACGCCCCGAGAAAGGUUUUACUCACCUUAGACACCCCGGCCCUGCUUGUGACCUUCCUAACCCAGGGAUGGGGCGACCUGCGGGGGAAGGGAGGGAUGGCAUUAGCCCGGGACCCAAGUAUGGAGACUGCCUGCUCUGCCCUGCUCAACUUUGCAGUCACAGAGCCGGAGAGAGUGGGGAAAGACCCUUGUUUCAAAGGUCUUGAGUCCCUUUUAAGCGAAGCUCUUCCUGUUCUCCUGCACAAACCCCGCAUCCUGGUCUUGGCAGCCAAUCUUUGCACAAUUGGGCUAAUGAUUGGCAGGCUGAAACCUGUUUCUGAAGCUCCGGUUGAAGCAGGCCAGAGGCGGUUCUUCUCCACAUCACUGCGGUUUCUCCGUGGUGCCCUGGACUACAGUUCAGGACCUGGCCCAGCUAGGGUGAGCCCUUCCUGGGAGGAGUGGUGGGAGGAGGCUGGGGAGCUCUGGAGGCUUGGUCUGCAGGCCCUGGGAGGCUGUGUGAAGGCCCAGCCCUGGAUCGUCACCCUGGUCAGGGAGGAGGGCUGGCUCAGCCACACCCUCACCUUGCUGGGCUCCUGCAGUGCCCUGCCGGACCCUGACACCCAGGCGGCGAUAGAAGAGGCUCUUUGCGCGUUGGCACUCCAGUGCCCACUCUGUCGACAGGAGAUCAGCGUCCUCUUAAAGAGCGAUGCCAAGGGAGCUUUGGGUAGUAUGGGAAAGCUUAAGAAAUCCCUCAACACAAACUGAAGCAUGUAUUUAUUGGUUAUGAAGAUUAAAUCCCAUAACGUGAGCAGGAAAAACCUCCUCUGCCUCUUAGACAAAAAGAAAUGACUACAUUGUGGUCAGUAGCAGGCUAUAUUUUUGUUGUUCCUGAUAAACAUUUCAGAUGUUUGAAUGAUGGUUGACCUGUGACUGGAUUAUAAGCAGUCUGUUAGAUGUAUGUAAGUGAAGUAUAAAAUAAAGAAUUAUUUUGA